AUGACCAAGGAUAAAGAAGUAGAUACAACCAAUAGAACAUCACAAGAAAAAUACCCACUCGUAUGUUCACAUCGUUUACUUCUUGCUUUUUUGGCAUUUUUUGGAUUUUUUCUAUGUUAUGCACAACGAAAUGGACUUUCUGUGAGUAUCGUUUGUAUGGUUAAUCCUGAUGUAGAUAAUACAACAUCAACACAUGGUAGUGAUUCUGUUAGUAACCAACGAAAUAUACCAGCGUCAUGUCAUAAACAUACAAUAGAAAAGAGUCGAUCGCCAAGUCAAGUUCUUCAGUGGCCAAAACAAACUCGUGGUGUUGUACUUGGUUCAUUCUAUUGGGGUUAUGCCUUAACACAAAUAGUUUCAUCAGUUGUGGUUAAUUUACUUGGUCCAAAACGUUUUCUUGCAUUACUUAUAUUUCUUUCAUCGAUAUCUACAAUAUUGUUACCAGUUUUUGCUAAAUUUCAUCCAUCAAUUGUUAUUCUAUUACGUGUUCUUGCUGGUGCAGCUCAAGGUGGUCUUUGGCCAACUAUUUUUCGUUUUUGGUCAACAUGGGCACCAGCAUCUGAACGAGCAACGCUUCUUUCAUUUCAAAGUGCUGGACCUUCAAUGGGUACAAUUAUUUCAUUAAUACUCGGUGGUUUAUUUUGUACAUUUUCAUUAAAUGAUACUAUACCAUUUAUUUUUCGUUAUGGUUGGGCAUAUUUUUUAUAUCUUCUCGGUGGUCUUGGUAUUAUAUGGUCAAUUGCUUGGCUUAUUUUUGCAAGUGAUACACCUAUAACAAAUAAACAUAUGUCGACAAAGGAAAAAGAAUAUAUUCGAACAUGUAAAGCAGAUGAAAAAAUUCAAGACAUAAAAACUAAAACACCAUGGAUGCCGAUGCUUCGAUCUCAAGCUUUUUGGUGUAUUCUUAUAUCGAUGUUUUUUUGUGAUUUUGCUGUUUGGACAGUUGUUCCUGAAUAUAUGAAUGAAGUUUUAUUAUUUAGUAUUCAAGAAAAUGGUCUUCUUUCAGCAUUACCACAUAUUGCAAGUUUUAUUAUUGUUAUGUUAACAGGUGGUUUAGCUGAUUUUAUAAUAGAAAAAAAAUAUUUGAAACGUGUUAAUGCACGAAAAUUAUUUCAUGGUGUCGGUACAUUAACACCAGCUAUUUGUCUUUUAUUAAUAUCAUUUCUUGAUUGUCAACAUCGUUAUUUAGCAGUUGUUUUAUUAAUUAUUGGAAUAGCAUUAAAUGGUUUUAUGAUGUCAGGAGGUUAUAUCGUUAAUGUUGGAGAUUUUAGUGGUGUUCAUUCGGGUGUUGUUUUUGGUAUUUGCAAUACAAUUUCAAGUAUUGGUGGAUUUUGUGCUCCAUAUUUAACAAGUAUUAUUACAAAACAUAAAACAGCUACUCAAUGGAGAAUUGCAUUUAUGCUCUAUGCUGCAUCAUUUCUUAUAUCAGCUAUUGCUUUUUCAUUCUUAGCUCGUGGUGAAACAGAACCUUGGGCACGUGAUGAUAUACACGAUGAAAAAAACAAAAAUGAUCAUGAUGGUGCUGAAGAAUUAAUGGAAAUAAAUUCGAAAAAUCCAACUGUUUAA